CUGAGACAGGGCGGGGCCACAGCUACUAUUUAGGAGCCGAACGAAGUGGGGGCGCCUCAACUGUGAAGGUGGAGGAGAGUUCGGUGACGUCAGUACUGUGGUGGAUGAUGUCAUCAGACAGGUUAGUUCUGGCAGUAUAGAGAACGUCACUACUACUCUCAUCAUCCCACAUGGAGCAACCUGGGCUGGAGCAAAUGCUGGAUGGGCAGCGGUUUCCGGUGGAGCUGCUGUCCCGAGGUCUGCUCCUCCUGUAUGCUCCCCUCGGGCUCUGCCUCUUCUUGCUGCGUCUCUUCAUUGGAGCCCAUGUGUUUCUGGUCAGCUGCGUCCUGCCCGACUGCGCCAUCAGAAGGUUCCUGGUGCGGGUCAUGUGCUCGGUGCUCGGGGUCAUCGUCUCUCAGUCUGGAGAACCGGAUCGCGCUCUGAAGAUUUUCGUCUCUAAUCACUUUACCUUUAUUGACCACAACGUCCUUAGUCUCCUCACUUCGUGCAGCACCCCAUCAGUGUCCUGUCCUCCUGGAUUUCUUUGCUGGGCUCGAGGAUUCCUGGAACUUGGGGCCCCUGGGAGCCAAACUCAACUGCAGGAGUCUCUGAAGCAUUUUCUCUCUCAGACGGGGAGUUCUCCGCUCCUGCUGUUCCCCGAGGAGGAGACGACUAACGGCAGAGCCGGCCUUCUGCACUUCAGCUCGUGGGCAUUCUCGCUGUCGGACUCUGUGCAGCCUGUGGCCCUGCGGGUGAGCCGACCCCUCGUAUCUGUGGCGGUGCCUGGCUCGCCCUGGUGCGUGGAGUUGUUCUGGACGCUCUUCUCCCUGUACACAGUUUAUCAUGUAAGAUGGUUGCUGCCCGUGUACCGCUCACCAAGAGAGUCAGAUAAAGACUUUGCCUCCCGUGUUCAGAAGCUGUUGGCGCAUUCACUUGGUGUCCAUGGCACAAAGCACACGGCUGCAGACAGAGCAGAACAUAUGAAGAGGAGGAGGAAAGAGCCCCCACCCCGCAGCCGCCACAACCCGCCCACCGCGUCUACAGCCUCAAGUCACAUGGCGCAGCGCGUGAAAGAAGUGUUACCCCAAGUGCCGCUCUCUGUAAUUCACCAGGACCUGGCUCUGACCGGUUGUGUAGACGCCACCAUCACAAACCUAAUAGAAGGACGAGUCCCGUAUGAGCCUGAAGCAGAAUCGGCUGGGAGUGAGGCGCCGGGGUGUACCGCGAGCAACAAGCUGAUACCCAGGGGAUUUGCCCGGAGACCAGAGGACAGACACUUGUCGUUACAGGAGCGGAAGGAGGCGCUGUAUGACUGUGCUCGGAGGAGGUACCUGGAGAAGUAUGGAGGAGUCGCUGCAGCCAAGAAGAAGAGCGAUUGAUGGGAACGUGGGGCUCGGGAGGGGGCUUGGGGCGUACAAUAAUGAGCGGUGGGGGGGGUAAAUAGUAAUGGGGCCCCAGAGCUGGCAGCCACACGUGGGGGGACCCGGGGCCCCAGAGCUGGCAACCACACGUGGGGGGACUCGGGGCCCCAGAGCUGGCAGCUAUGUCUGGGGUUCCUCUUACAGACACCUGUUUGGGGUGAUGUUGCGUCCUCUGCUGCUGGUUUGUGAUGAUGAGAGUUGUAGUGCGAGUGUCUGACCGCUGUCCUGGGAUUACUGUAAAUAAUGAGCAUAUUUUAUAUAAAAUAAAGUGUAAUUCUGA